UUCAUUUCUGGAAAAGGACUAGCUAGCCACAAGAAUGCCGCAACAUUACGGAUGUCACUUCCUUGAGCGCAGAAUAAAGUAGAAAGGCAGAAAUCUGACAUGGACAUGUAUUUUUGAAAUCUGCUAAGAGUAUAUUAUGAAGACUGAUUACAUAAACGGGAGCAGUUGUUGUUGACAUAAAGCAGCAGAGAGCGGGGUUUUGAAUUGAUGGAAAGAUGUCCAAAAAAAGGGGGAGGAAGCGUAGCAGCGGGGAGCUGAGCGACGGCCUGUCCCCAGACCCCAGCAGCCUGCUGGGCAAGCGUAUCCAGCACAGCUGGCGCGAGAAGGGCGCGCUCACCAAGUGGAAAGGCACAGUACUGGACCGCCUCAGCGUCAACCCUUCACUCUUCAUGGUCAAAUACGACGGCUUCGACUGCGUCUACGGCAUCGAGCUCUUCAAGGACGACAGGGUGUCCAACCUGCAGGUCCUCACCGAGAAAGUGGUGAACAACAAGAUCAAGGUGCCCCACGAUGCGGAGGAGCUGGUGGGGAAGGCCGUGGAGCACCUGUUUGAGAAGGAGGACGGCGAGAAGAACGAGUGGAGGGGCAUGGUGCUCUCCCGCGCCCCCAUCAUGACCAACUGGUACUACAUCACCUAUGAGAAGGACCCCGUGCUCUACAUGUACCAGCUCUGGGACGACUACAAGGACGGGGACCUACGCAUCCUACCUGAAGCAGAGAAUAAGCACUUGCUCCCUGCGGACAGGAAGCCAGGGGAGGAGUCGGAGAGCCUGGUGGGGAAGCAGGUGGAGUAUGUGACGGAUAAGGGCGUGAAGCGUACGGGCCUGGUCAUCUACCAGGUGCCCGCCAAACCCUCGGUCUACUACAUCAAGUACGACGACGACUUCCACAUCCACGUCUAUGACCUCGUCAAGACCACCUAAGGCCAGUUAACGAGGAUACAUCACAACAAUACCACCAACAACAACAACAACAACGACAGCAACAACAUCAUCAACAUCAACAAUGACAACAACAGUGUAUGAAAAUGGAAAAAAACAAAACGUAAUGUAUUUAUGAUGACUCAAACUCAAACUCGCCCCACAACUCCAUAGCGCCCCCCACCUGUCUGUCAGCUGUAAUCGUGUUCUCCAGCGUAGUGUAGCCGGCUUCAGUUAGCGUACACACCACAUACAGAGAGACACACACACACACACACACACACACACACACACACAUACAAGGACUAAACCAAGUGCGGGGGUUGGGGGGGGGGGUGGUUCAGCUCACAUGCUCAUGAGUAGUUAUACGUUGGGGAACAACUGAUCGUGUGAAUACUUGUGUUUGUUCAAUAUGAGUUUGUGCUUUGAUUAGGUCAAAUAUGUGAUUCGUAUAUAUGUAUUUCAAAAGAUAUUUCUACCAGUGUGUGUGUUGCUAAUUGUUUUGGGCAGGGUUUGAAAUGAUCGAUCACCCUGAUAGGAUUUCGUUAAUGGCGAAUCAUCAUACUUUUCGCACCUUUUUUUAAAAAAAAAGUGUCAACUACACAAAGAAAACAUCAACUUCACAUUCAGAUCUCAACACAACCUUAUAUCAUCAGGCUGUCAUGGCAUUAAUUGCUCACAUAAGUUCUAUAAACUGCAUAGAGUUACUACACAAAUCAAAUUAGAGAUGCACUCCUAGACAGGUUCCCCUAAUGAAUCAGAGCCUGACUGGGACGGGACAGCCAGCAGAAAGCUAUUCAAACUAAGUGAGAUGGUUUUAGCUGGAUCUUGAGCUAAGAUGUUUCCAGCCAGCCACAAGCAGUCGCUCAGCUGUACACUUUUACAGUGAGCCAUUCCGUUACUAUGACAUCAUAACUGUCCGCCUUGUUCUGUGGUUCCACCUAGGCUUGUCAUAAAGGCAUUUCCAGGGAAACUGGUUUUUAUUGCAUUUUUAACCGAGUUCCUCUGAUGGACAAUCCGGCCUUUAGCCCUUAACUAGGGGCCUAGGGGCUACAACGGAUGUCUUUACUUCCCUUAAGGAGUGAGGCAUUAGUCAACUAGUCUCAUAGCUUUCACUCAUAUGCUUUUGAAGCUAUGCUCUCCCAUUGUACCUUGAUUGAUAGCCCAUUUGCAAACUAACUUUCCACUGUCCUUGUGUCAGAUAUCAUGGAAACAAACUGCAGAAAUCCCCAGAGGGAAGCACACCUAUGGAUAAUAUCUACAUUAACAGUAUAUUAUACAAAAUGUUAUGGGGAUGGGGGUGGGGGGGUGAAUGGCAGUGUGAAUCUGCCGUAAAUCUUGAACAUGAAUGAUAGAUCCUUUGUAAUUAUUGACGUUUUUUCCUAAUGUGUGUCGAUGUAGCAUAGCUGUGAAACAGCUAAGAAUGAAGCUACAGGGCUCAUAACGUUAAUUUAUCUCCGAUUCAUCUGACCGAUAACAAUGCACUUUUAAACAAGUACUUACAGGCUUCUUAACGUAGCAUAGUCCCCAUUUCAAUCUCUAUUUACGCCAAAAUAUAGCUAAUAUGCUAGUAGCUAAAUUCAAAAGCCAUUGGAAAGCUGAAGCUAAUAUAUAGCGCUGUAGCUAACGCUCUUGGCCACCUAGAGAAGCACAUGGUUUUAGAUUUGGGCGGCUAAAGCAUCUAAGAUGUGGUCUUCCAGCAGGCUGGCACUGCUGCUGGUCCCUUCCCCUUGACCAGUAGACUCGGAUUGGAUCUUUUUUUUUUUCCCCAAAAAAAAGAAAGAUAGAAUGGACUAAACAAAUUAUGCACGAUAAGCUAGCAGCAGAUAUAGUGUAAAGAGAAAAAUAAACAAAAAUUCAGACACAUUGUUGUACUAUGAUAAUUUAAGUUGUGGCUUUUGAUGAUCAUUGGAGCAUCAACUCUCGAAGUGAACUCUUGGCAUUUUCCCUUGAAGUGCUACACAGCUUUGCCGAAUCGGACUGGGAAGUUAGCGUUCCUUUUCAGCGGUGCCGUUAGUUAGGCCAGGCUGUGUUCUUCGCCGUGAUUGGAGGAGUCGGGCGCGCCCUUUCAGUGCAUGCGUGUCCCCCUCCGUCCCACGGCGGCGCCAUGUUAGCUUAGCUCAGCUCUGCUCUGCUCUGGGAGUUGUGCAGUCGUGGCAGCCUUGCCCCCAUCUGUUUGGACUCAAUACUCAACUCUUCUGGUUUUUGUUUUCCUGUGUUUGUUGUAAAUAUUGCAAACAAAAAUAAAUGCUUGAACUGAUUACUUUUUUUUUGAGGGAGGGAUGGGUAGGUAUGGGACUAGUCGUGACGUAAUGAUUUGGCCUAUUAUACUUGUAGCAAAUGCACUUUAAUUCUGGGCUUUGUCCUCUUGUUCUUCUUAAACAGACUCUUGGCCUAAUCACACACACCCAAGCCAGAGUGCAUGCUGAAGUAGCUUAGCAUCCUCAUGCUAAUUGGCGGAGCAUAGAUCAGUUUAAUUGAUUACGGGAGUUGUAUUGUUGAAAACAUCAGUCUGGAGAAACAAGCAAAAGGAAAUUUAGAAUAAGAAUGUGUCGCAGUUUGUUACGGAGUUAUUUUUUUUGUGCUGCGGAGAUUGUCACCACAACUUUGAAUGGUGAAGUGCACCCCCUCCCUCAGUGAAGUCCUCUGGUUUCUCUGGUCGCCCUUCGCGCACAGUAGCUGAGGGUGACCCAGGAACCUCAUGCUAAAAUACCCCAUUGAAAAGGAUGACUUCUCCUAGAGAGACAGACAGAUGUGAAGCAGCCCUAACAGCAUCUGGCCCUGUUCUGGCCAAACUGGCUCUGAUUUGGCUUAAAUCAGUUCUAGCCAGCUGCUGUGUGGGCUUGUGAAUUGUACAGACCCUAAGACUUUGUCUAAAACUUAUUUGCUGGCUUUCCCCCCUUCUUCCUCCUUUCUUCUUCUUCUUCUUCUUAUUCUGGACACAGAUGUCUUUGAGUCUAUAUAUUCCCAGUGUCGCUGUUGUUCUGUGUGUGUGUAUACUGUACAGAUUUGACCAGUGGGGGACAUUCUCCUUAUUGGUUUCUGCCCGUUUGGGUUCCGCUGCCUCUUCUGGCUCUGCAUGCCUAUCUGUCUGUCUGUCUGUCUGUCUGUCUGAGGUUGUGGAGGAGUGUCUGCAUAAGUGCCAAGGUGCUGGAGCGGGUCUUAGCCAGACAGGAGCUGCAGGUGGAACAGGCCUGUGUCUGGUUCUGGUUCUGGUUCUGAUGGGUAACCUCUGCUGGCCCAGAAACGGCCGUGGCCAAACUCUUACCACAGGAGUGCCAACGAGCGUGCAGGGCAGGAGUUUGUUGAUAUAACAGGUUAUAGGCUAUCGUACAAAAACAGUCAGAGAAUGAAAAUACAUUACCAGCUCAGAGGAUUUGUCUCAAAUACACACCAGAGGAGUGUGUGUGUCUGUUUGUGUGUCUGUGUGUGUGCACACGUGCACGCGAGUGUGUGUGUGUGUGUGUGUGUGUGUGUGUGUGUGUGUGUGUGUAUGUGUGUGUGCGUGCGUGUAUGUGUGUGUGCGUGCGUGCGUGUGUGUGUGUUUCGUGUUUGAUUGGACACAAUCCAAUAUUUGGCGGUACUGUUUUUUUAGACUGGGAAGCCCAGUCCGUAGAUGUAAUAUUAAGUAAUAGUUCAGCCCUGGCACAGCACAGGUGUGGAAUAGGGAAGGAACUUUAAGUUUGCGGGUGCCUGUCCAGGCUGUACUUGUAGAGAACCCUGCCAGCUCACCAGUGCCUCCCCCUGACUUGGCUGGCUAAGACCUGCACUGGAGUUGUACUUGUAAUCAACUUGUAUGGUUCAGUUUUGGGUUGAGUUAAAAGCUGGGUUUUAAGAUAUUAAUAAGCAAGAUAAACUGUGAGUGACCCUGGAUCUUGGGUUAAGCUCAUGGAAACUAUAUAUUGUACUUAUCCCCUUUGAAUAAUGACCAUGUUUGUAAUAAAUACAGAUAUCAUUAAGGUCUGUAAAAAAGUUUUUUUUCUUCUUUAAAGCACACAAGAUUUUAAACAAAAAGACAGAAUCUUAAGUUCCUGAAGAUGUUCAAUUGUUCUAAACAAACCAAAACCAAUGCUUAAAUUUUAGGACUUUUUUUUAAGUAUUUAGUUUUCUCCUUGGCUGUCAAAGCAGAGAUUGAUGGCAUGGGCUUACCUAUGUUGUGCUCUUUUGAUUGGCGGUUUGUUUAGCCACGCGGCUCCUUUGUGAAUAACUCUCUCUUGCUCCUGUGUGUUUGUUUGUUUGUUUGUUUGUUUGUUUGUGUUUACUCUUGUGCCGUCUGCUGGCUUCUGGUAAUGCACAGCUGCCCAUGUAUACGUUGAUGACACACUUGUGUGUUUGACUCCAUUUUCGCUGCUUAUUACCAAAGUUCACUUUUCCGUAGGCGACUACAUCAAGGAGUGUCAAAUCCACACCCAUCAUGUUUAUGUAACAAUGCUACCAUUAAAUAAAAUAAAGACGAUAUUUUUUUGCA